CAGGGAUCAUCCCCCCUAUAUCCUGCAGUUAAUAAUUAUCAAUCUUUGUAUAGGUGCCUGUUUUAACUGGCUCCCUUUGUUUCCCUCCAGCCAUGGCCGAAUCAUCCUCUCAGCCGCCUCCGACUACAGUCCCUCCAUCAGCGCAACCGCCACAACAACCAUCGCAGACAUCGUCUCAAGAUCCAAUUAAAGCAGAGAUACCGACGGCCACACAAGCUGCACUCUCAGUUCCAGCUUCAGUUUCGGUACCGGCAGCAGCUUCCGAUCCGCCGUCGACGGUAGUUGUGAAAGAAGAGCCCGAUCCGGUGGAUGGUAGCCAGGUGCUCGAUACUGCCAUAGACCGGGAUAUCGAUAUGAAUACUGCAGAGAACAGUCAAUCCGGUAUGACAGUAGGAGGCGAUAAUAUAGCUACAAAAAGUGCGGAAGCUCCAGCUGUAGCUCCUGGUGUUAUCCCGGCCGAUAUGGACCCUCUCGCUGCUGCUGCUCCGCCAUCCAAGAAGGAGACAAGUCUGCGGGAAUUUCUGGGGAAGAUGGAUGAAUAUGCACCUAUCAUCCCCGACGCAGUAACAGCUCACUACCUCACCGUCGCCGGUCUCCCACCUCCGGGACAUGGUCCGAAUCAAACACCACCCCAUCUUGCCCGUCUUCUCGCUCUCGCAACCCAAAAGUUUAUCGCCGACAUCGCAGCCGACUCAUACCAGUACGCACGCAUCCGCGCGUCCAACAGUUCUUCCGCCAGCAACCCAAUGGGCAGUCUUAAUGCGGCCGCCGGUCUCAGCAUGCCCGGUGCCGGUGCCAGUGCAGGUGGUGUAGGAGCGGCGGCUGGGACGGGGGGCGAAGCUCCCAAGGGCAAGGCUGGUACACACCUUGGGAUUCAGAGACCUGGUUUUGGCGGUGGUGGCUCUGGAGGUUCUGGACAGGGACGGACUGUACUCACUAUGGAGGAUCUGGGCAUGGCAGUCGCUGAGUACGGCGUCAAUGUCAAGAGGGGCGAAUUCUAUCGUUAG